CUACAAAAUGUACAGCAUUCUUUUGAAAGUAAUUUUCUAAACGAUCGUUAGCGUUAGUCAAUGAAGUGUUCGUUUUUAUUCAUGCAUUUAUUUAAAACUAUUUUUACAAAAACCAGUCAGUGUAAUAAAUCAUAAAUUUGUAAAGUCAGUGCUUGAAAAAAAAUCAUCCGGACAAAUAUAAGUCCUCAGAGUAAUUAGUAAAAAUUUCAGCAUCGAAAUACUAAUUCUUAAAAACCAGUUUACUACUAUAUAUUUUAUUUAUUUUUUUGUUGUAUUGAGGAUUAUUAUUUGUGCGUAAUUAUUUGUUGAUAAAUUAAUUAAGUUGGUGAUUUAAAAUGCAAUCGUCAUAAAAUUUUAAUGCCAGCACUACGGAAAUUGUUAAUUUAUCGGAAAAGCAAUGAUUACUAAAUGAUAACAUAACUGUAUCCGGAGAUGGCAAACAGAAGAGACAAAGCUGCUUCUGGUUUUCUGGACACAUGGUUCGGAAGACCAAAAAAAUCUGGCCGCGGAGGAGGCGUAAGAAGCGGUACAGGAUUUAAUACAAUGCCCCGUCCACAUUCUGGAGAUGACUUUGAUGAAAUUGAACAGCAAAGAUCAAUUAUUGAGAAGAUGGAUGAAGAAACUGUUAAUGAUCGUUUUGAAAAGAUGUUGGCGAACAUGAAUCUGACAGAAGAAAAAAAGGAGCCACUUAGACAGCAACCAGAGGCCAAGAAGAAAGAAAUGCUGGUGCUGCAUAUGAAAGGCAGUAUCCAGGAAAACAGAUCAAAAUUUGACAAACCAGCUGAUUACAUCCAAUAUCUCGCGCAACCAGAUCUCAGUGUAAAUAAAAUUUACAGCUGCAUCGAGUCACUGAGAAUAGCGUUGACAAACAAUCCGUUGAGCUGGGUCCAGGAAUUUGGCACCAAGGGACUUAAACAAGUUCUCGCAACACUUAACGAGUGUUAUCGGAAUGCCUCUAUACAUUUUGAUAGUGAUAAUCGGUACGAAAGAAUCCAGUACGAGUGUAUAAGAUGUCUCAAAGCAAUAAUGAACAACACAGUAGGAAUAAAAGAGAUGCUUGCUCACCAAGAAGCCCUAACAAUAGUAGCGCGUUCACUGGAGCCCAGCAAGCCCUCGGUGAUGUACGAGGCAGUAAAAUUAUUGGGAGCUGUUUGUUUGAUUUCCAGCGACAGCCAUAAAAAGGUUUUAGAUGCGAUAACUAUGAACGGAGAGUUUAAAGGUCGUGAUAGAUUUUUACCAAUAGUCCAAGGGCUCAUGAACAAGCAAAAUGAAAAUUUAAGAGUCGUAUGUCUUCAACUUAUAAAUUCCAUUAUUUCUUCCGCUGAAGAGCUCGAUUUCCGAUUACACCUGAGGAAUGAAAUAAUGCGCGUAGGGUUCGCAGAUAUUUUGGAAUCUUUAGAGCGCGAUGACUCGGAAGACUUGUCGAGACAUUUAAAGAUUUUCAACGAUUACAAAGAGGAAGACUACGAAGAGUUUGUCCAGAGGUUCGAUAACGUCAGACUAGAAAUGGACGACGUUAAUGAUUGUUUUGAAGUUAUUAAGAACAUGGUGAUGGAAACAGUCGCGGAGCCGUACUUCCUUUCAAUUCUUCAGCACCUGUUGUUUAUCCGCGAUGACGUCCAAGUCAGACCUGCUUAUUACAAGCUUAUAGAAGAGUGUGUGUCUCAGAUUGUUUUGCAUCGCUCAGGGUGUGAUCCUGACUUCAGCGCGACCAAGCGAUUCCAGAUAGACGUCCAACCGCUUAUAGAUACUCUGGUGGAAAAAUCCCGAGCUGAAGAAGAGCGAAAAUUAGUAGAGAUGUCGCAGAAACUCGAAGAAGCGAUUUCUAGUAAACAAGAAGCCGAAGCGAAGCUUGCUCACGCGGAGAAUAAAAUCAAAGAGUUGGAAGCUGGAGGAGCUAAGCCGACUAAAUUGGCAAUACCUCCUCCACCGCCUAUCCCUGGUAUGGGAGGACCACCUCCGCCACCGAUGCCCGGAAUGGGAGGUCCACCUCCUCCGCCUAUGCCGGGCAUGGGAGGCCCACCUCCGCCUCCUAUGCCUGGAAUGGGAGGCCCACCUCCACCGCCUAUGCCUGGUAUGGGAGGUCCGCCACCUCCUCCGAUGCCGGGAAUGGGUCCUCCACCUCCUCCGAUGAUGGGAGGUCCUAGGCCGCCGAUGAUGAACGCCGUUGAAGUUCUUCCGCACGGUCUCAAGCCCAAGAAGAAGUGGGAAGUCGAUGGUCCUCUGAAGCGAGCCAACUGGAAAGCUAUUUUGCCUCAAAAAAUGACCGAGAAGUCCUUCUGGGUCAAAGUUCAGGAAGACAAACUCGCGAGUCCGGAAAUUUUGAAUGGAUUGGCGCAGAAGUUCUCCUCCAAGCCGGCGAGCAAGAAGAUAGAUGAUGUGGUAGAUAAAUCCGCUCCAGCUAAGAAAAUAAAAGACUUUAAGGUACUUGAUGGAAAGUCUGCCCAAAAUAUUUGUAUUUUGCUUAGUGGUACGCUCAAACACAUGUCCUACGAGGAAGUUAAGAGUUGCUUGCUUAAAUGUGAGGGCCCGGUUAUCAAUGACAACGUACUCCAGGGACUGAUUCAGUACCUGCCACCUCCAGAUCAGCUGACCAAGCUGCAACAGUAUAAAGACCAGUACGAUGACCUUACAGAAGCUGAACAAUUUUGCGUUACAAUUUCUACGAUAAAGAGAUUGCUUCCGAGAUUGAGAUCUUUGAGUUUUAUGUUGCGGUACGAAGAGCUGGUGGCUGAUGUCAAGCCUGACGUUGUUGCUGGAACUGCCGCUUGCGAGGAAGUUAAGAAUAGUAAAAAGUUUGCGAGAAUUCUCGAGCUUAUUCUUUUGCUUGGUAAUUACAUGAACUCUGGAUCUAAAAAUGGUGGUGCGUUUGGAUUUGAAAUUAGUUUUCUUACCAAGUUAACCAGCACGAAAGACAUCGAAAACAAAGAAACACUGAUGCAUUAUCUGGUAGACACAAUUGAGAGAAAGUUCCCUGAGUGUCUAAGCUUCGCUGAAGAAUUGCCCCACGUUGAUAGAGCCAGUCGUGUAUCCUUGGAGAACAUACAGCGUACUUUGAGACAAAUGGAUGCGAAUAUCAGAAACUUGGAGCAAGAUCUCACCAACUCGAAGAUUCCUCAGAGUGACAUUGACAGAUUCGCGGAAAUAAUGUCACCGUUUGCCAAAAAAGCCCGUGAAUCUUACGAAGUAAUGCAGAAUAUGUUCAAAAAUAUGGACACUCUUUAUACGGAUAUUUCCGAAUUCUUCGCGUUCGACAAACAGAAGUACACCAUCGAGGAGUUCUUCGGAGACAUAAAAAAAUUCAAGGACGACUUUGGGCAAGCACAAAAGGAAAUCGUGAAGAUGCGCGAGGGCGAGGAGAAGCAGAGGCGCGCUCGUGAGGCUCGAGAGAAAGCCGAGGUCGAACGGGCAGCUCGUGCUGCUCGAAAACGUGCUCUAGUUGAUAUGAACGCCCACGAAACCCAGGAGGGAGUAAUGGAUAGUUUGAUGGAGGCACUGCAAACUGGAUCGGCGUUCAGUCGACCCGAUCAGCGACGCAAACGACAAACACGAGUCGCUGGUGCAGAGAGACGAGCGCAAUUGAAUAGAAGCCGUUCAAGAACUGGACUCGUUGGUACUGGACUGAUUGGCAGAGAAUUAUCAACAGAAUUAUUGAGCUCAGCGUAGCAAGAAACCAGAUCAUGUUAAAUAAAACAAAACUGUGAUGUAAUAGUAAUUAUUAUGAAGAGGAUUAUUAAUUUGGACGGUGGUAAUUAAUUGUUUAUUAAUUUUAAACAAAAAAAAAAUUACUAGCAUUAUGUUUUAUUUAAUGCUAUUUGUUAAAUAAUAUUAAGAACGAUGAAGUUACUUCUUUUGACUAUAAAAAGAAAAAUGGCCUACGAUAUUUUGUACAUUUUGUGACGGCCGAUUAAUCAUCUAAUGUUUUAUAUUCAUUAUGUACAUUGACACAGAUACUGUAAAUUGUUAUUAUUUUUAUACCUUAGAUUUACUUUUAAUUUCUACGUUUGUGUUAAGUUUUAUUUAAACG